AUGAUGCAGGUUAAACUCAAUCAAAUAGCUAAAAGAGCGAAGCAAGAUAAAAGGCUAAAAUUCACAUCAUUAAUACAUCAUGUGAAUGAGGCUAAUCUUGCAGAAUGCUAUCAAGAACUAAAAGCUAAUAAAGCUUGUGGGGUUGAUGGUGAGACAGUUGAAUCAUACGGUAUUAAUCUAGAAGAUAGGCUUAGUCAAUUAGUGAAAUCGAUGAAGUUGAAGCAAUAUCGUCCUAAACCAGUAAAGAGUGUAUAUAUCCCAAAACCUGGUAAGAAUGAGAAGCGUGGUCUUGGUAUACCAUCAGUUGAAGAUAAGUUAGUUCAAAUUAUGCUAAAGAAAAUCUUAGAACAGAUUUAUGAAGCCGAGUUUUUGGAGGUAUCUUAUGGAUUUAGACCUAAGUUAAGCUGUCACGAUGCAUUAAGAGCAUUAGACAAAGCGGUGAUGACUAAGCCGAUUAAUUAUAUUGUAGAAGUAGAUAUUAAAGGGUUCUUUGAUAAUGUUAAUCACUAUUGGUUACAACGUUGCUUAGAGGAGAAAAUUGUUGAUCGUAAUUUAUUGUGGUUAGUAAGAAAAUUCUUAAAAGCUCGAGUAGUUGAGGAUGGAAAGCAGUUAGUAACGGAGGUAGGCACUCCUCAAGGAGGAGUGAUUAGUCCAUUACUUGCAAAUAUCUAUCUUCAUUAUGUACUAGACUUAUGGUUUAAGAAAGAAAUUAAACCACAAGCAAAAGGACACAUGGAGCUAAUACGCUACUGUGAUGACUGUGUGCCACGAUUGCAAAGGAAGUUACAUGAAGCCAUAAGUGUAAAUUGA